AUGGUGAAGAAUUCAGGAAUUUUCUCUGGCUACUUCAUUGUUGCAUCUGAUCAAUAUGCAAUUUUAGUUUCUGAAUUCUGGAUUCUAGGUUACCACAACAAGAUACUGCCUGCAUGCAAACCGAUAUUAAACAACUCCAGUGUAUUGGUGGUCACAACUUUUAUACUAGUAGGGGUUAUAUUCAUACCAAUUGGCCUUUUGUCUCUGUCUGCAUCAGAGAGGGUGGUUGAAAUUGUAGACCGCUAUGACGAGGAUUGCAUUCCUUCCGAUCAAGAGAAAACUGCAUUUAUUCAGAGUGACAAGACCAACAAAACCUGUGUCCGGAGCUUGACAGUCCCAAAGAAAAUGCAGCAUCCGGUUUACAUCUAUUACCAGCUUGAUAACUUCUAUCAAAACCAUCGUCGAUAUGUCAAAAGCAGAAGUGACAAACAGUUGCGAAACCCAGAAAAUGAGGAUUUAACAUCACCCUGUGAACCCGAAGCACGCGUUGAUAAUAAGCCCAUUGUGCCUUGUGGCCUUGUUGCUUGGAGUUUGUUCAAUGAUACUUAUGGAUUCUCAGUUGGUGGCAUGAAUCUAUCUGUAAACAAGAAAGAUAUUGCAUGGGACAGCGAUAAGAACUAUAAAUUUGGAUCAAAAGUUUAUCCUAAAAACUUUCAGCAGGGAAGCUUGAUUGGAGGAGGAAAACUGGAUGAAAAAAUACCAUUGAGUGAGCAAGAGGACCUUCUAGUCUGGAUGCGCACUGCAGCAUUGCCAAGCUUCCGAAAGUUGUAUGGGAGAAUUGAACAGGAUCUUGAGGCUAAUGAGAUGAUAACAGUGGUUAUACAGAAUAACUAUAAUGCUUAUGCUUUUGGAGGCAAAAAGAAGCUGGUUCUUUCGACUACGACUUGGAUUGGUGGAAAAAACAGUUUCUUAGGCUUGGGAUACAUCACUAUUGGUGGAUUGUGCUUAUUCAUUGCAACAACUUUCAUAGUAAUGUACCUUAUAAAGCCAAGGCCUUAUGGCGAUCCAUCCUAUUUGUCUUGGAACAGAAACCCACCUGGGAACUGAGUAUUCACUAUGUUCGAGUUGGCCAAUUGUUGAUGUAUUAAUAUUCCAUUAACACAUUCUGAAUCUUAGCAUUU